AUGGUUCGUUACAGUGCUACCUCCACUAACCCAGCUAAGUCUGCUUCAGCUCGUGGUUCUUAUUUAAGAGUUUCAUUCAAAAACACCAGAGAAACUGCUCAAGCCAUCAAUGGUUGGAAAUUAGAAAGAGCUCAAAAAUAUUUAGAUCAAGUUUUAGAUCAUCAAAGAGCUAUUCCAUUCAGAAGAUAUAACUCCUCUAUUGGUAGAACCGCCCAAGGUAAAGAAUUCGGUGUCACCAAAGCUAGAUGGCCUGCUAAAUCUGUUAAAUUUGUUCAAGAUUUAUUACAAAAUGCUCAAGCUAAUGCUGAAGCUAAAGGUUUAGAUUCAUCUAAAUUAAAGAUUACCCACAUUCAAGUUAACCAUGCUCCAAAACAAAGAAGAAGAACUUACAGAGCUCACGGUAGAAUUAAUGCUUAUCAAUCUACUCCAUCCCACAUUGAAUUAACUUUAACUGAAGAAGAUGAAAAUGUUGAAAAAGCUGCUGAAACCAAAAAAGUUAGAUUAAACUCUAGACAAAAGGGUAGAUUAGCUUCUCAACAAAGAUUAACUGCUGCUUAA